UCUUCAGAAGAUGCAGAUGUCUCACAGGCCUGUGCAGUGGCUCGCUGUCAUGCUUCUCGCCAUCUUUACAACCGGCCAGUGUCAACAGAACGAGAGUCGGCGAGCUGUGACCGAACACCAGCUGAUGCACGACCGCGGCCGAAACAUCCAGAGCCUUAAGAGACUCAUCUGGCUGUCCAGCGCCAUCGAGGGUCUCCACACUGCCCAGACUCGCUCUGCUGCUUUUAACCCCACAAAGGUUCUGAACCUGGCUCUGAAUCCAAAGCUGGUCCCUGCUGCUGGGCUCCCCCAGCCCAACCGGGUGGAGAGCCUUAUGAGAGACUUCUUUAAUCCCUACCUGACUCAGCAGCCAGACAGUGAGGCGUAACAUCACUUUAAUGCAGAAACAUCAAACUACUGUACACACUUAUUAAAUAAAUGAUCUGUGUUCAUCAUUGUUUGUCCUUAGUGCCACGACAUUCAUUCAGCCAAAGACAAAUCCAAAUCCAAUCUUCAAGAGUUUAGAAGCAGAUUCCAUUUUGUAGUUUUGUUGAGUUUAAGCUUCCUGAAGGUAAAGUUUAUGUACAACAUUACGCUUACAUCGAGGGCUGA